AUUUAAAAACGUCAAAAUCAUAUGACGUUUGGGCGAGGUAGUGAAGUAAGGAGGUAGUGUUAGUGUUUUUGUCCAUCGUCUUUUUAUUUAAAAGGGCAGUUUCCCAUAAAAUAAUUAAAAAUGAAGGGGUGUAUUUUCAACAUUGAUAAUGGAUAUCUGGAAGGUUUAUGCAGAGGCUUUAAAUGCGGAGUUUUAAAGCACACUGACUACUUAAAUCUGGUUCAAUGUGAGACCCUUGAAGAUUUGAAACUGCAUCUUCAAAGUACAGAUUAUGGAACAUUUCUGGCGAAUGAACCGUCACCCUUAGCUGUUUCAACAAUUGAUAACAAACUUCGGGAAAAACUUGUGAUUGAGUUUCAGCAUAUGAGGAAUCAGGCUGUCGAACCAUUAUCAACCUUUUUGGAUUUUAUAACAUACAGUUAUAUGAUCGAUAAUAUUAUCUUGUUAAUCACUGGUACUUUGCAUCAAAGGCCCAUUGGAGAAUUGAUACCAAAAUGUCAUCCGUUAGGAAGUUUUGAGCAGAUGGAGGCCAUUCAUGUCGCUGCUACUCCUGCAGAGCUCUACAAUGCUGUUUUAGUUGACACUCCUCUUGCACCAUUCUUUGUUGAUUGCAUAUCCGAGCAGGAUCUGGAUGAAAUGAACAUUGAAAUUAUUAGAAACACUUUAUACAAAGCAUACUUGGAAGCUUUCUAUGCUUUUUGUAAGGAAAUUGGUGGCACCACGGCCGAAACCAUGUGUGAAAUUCUUGCUUUUGAAGCCGACAGAAGGGCUAUAAUUAUUACAAUUAACUCUUUUGGCACUGAACUGUCUAAGGAUGACCGUGCAAAGCUGUAUCCCCGUUGUGGAAAACUACACCCUGACGGCUUAGCAGCUCUUGCAAGGGCUGAAGAUUAUGACCAGGUUAAAGGGGUUGCUGAAUAUUAUGCUGAAUACCAGAAGCUUUUUGAAGGAUCUGGCAAUAAUCCAGGUGACAAGACAUUGGAAGAUAAAUUUUUUGAACAUGAAGUACGCCUCAAUGUAAAUGCUUUUCUACAACAAUUCCACUUUGGAGUAUUCUAUUCAUACCUAAAACUAAAGGAGCAAGAAUGCCGUAAUAUUGUCUGGAUUGCAGAAUGCGUAGCUCAGAAACACCGAACAAAAAUUGAUAAUUACAUUAAUAUUUUCUAAGAAAUACAGUAUUACAAAAUUUUCUUGUCAUUCCAGGUAUAGAUAUCUUUUUGGUAAGGAUAUUUCUUGACCUCGCUCAGUUUUGUUCAUGUCAUAAAGUUAAUAAAUACCGUAAUUAAUAUAAACAACUGUUAAUAUUAGAAAAUAUUUAUGUAGAUUAAUAAAAUUACUCUCAUAUGAAAAUAAUGUAUUAUAAAUUAGUUUUAGGAAAAGCGUUUCUCAUUGUAUUACCAAUUUAAAGUGUAAAUUUUAUUUACUGAAUGUCACUUUUAUUGUUUUAAAAUGUACCAUAUCACUGUAAAUCUGUUUUAUUUUCCUGUUAUUAAAUAAAUGCUGGA